AGUGCGUGUCCACAUCGCAGCCGACCCAUACCUACGUGGUUCGUCCCAGCGCUUCCGUUUUCCAGCGUAACGCGCAGGGUUUGACCAUUAGAGAAACAGACAGAGAGAGGGACGGAUAAAGAAAGAGAGCGAGGGAGGAGGUGAUCGUGCUUCUUUUCUCGAGGAAUACUAGAUAGAGCCUACUAAAGGAAAGAAGAAGAAGGGCUGCUGUGCUCUGAAGGCUUGUGAACUGGUGCAAGUCCAUCAUUACCACAUGAAGAACGAUUCGCAUUUUUAAUCGAUAUACUCACGUGGACGCUUGCUGGUUGAAGAUUCUUGCCUCAGCGAGGAAAUCCAUGGGUUCACAGAGCAGAAUCUCCUGAGCUACACAGUUGGAAUAUAUUUGACAUUCAAAGGGAAGUUCGCUAUCAAUCCGAGAAUAUUUGAACUCAUACGAGCGUUUUGUACCGUUUCAGGGAUUUGUAAAACUCUGUCUUGCAUCGGAAUUUAAGGCCUCGCGGUCGCAGUAGUAGUUCACAGGCCCCUCUGACAUGGCGGACAGCGAAGACACCUUUCGGCCCCAAAACUCUCCCAGUGACACCGAAUCAAAAGAUUUACAAAACAAUAGUAAAUCAGACAAGCAGAAUGGAGCCGUUAGCAAAUCUCCAUCAUCACAGACAACAUACAUUCAACAGGGAAUGGAAGGGAUAAAAGUUUACUUACACGAACGAGAGUUGUGGACAAAGUUUCAUGAAGUGGGAACUGAAAUGAUCAUCACCAAAGCAGGGAGGCGGAUGUUCCCAAGCUUCAAAGUGAAGGUCACCGGGUUGAACCCAAAAACCAAAUACAUUCUGCUGAUGGAUGUUGUGCCAGCGGACGACCACCGCUAUAAAUUCGCCGAUAACAAAUGGUCUGUGACAGGGAAAGCAGAACCUGCGAUGCCGGGAAGGCUGUACGUCCAUCCAGAUUCACCAGCAACUGGAGCGCACUGGAUGCGGCAACUGGUGUCUUUCCAAAAGCUUAAAUUAACAAACAACCACCUUGAUCCCUUCGGACAUAUUAUCCUGAAUUCCAUGCAUAAAUAUCAACCGAGGAUCCACAUCGUAAAGGCAGACGAAAAUAACGGAUUUGGAUCCAAAAACACCGCUUUCUGCACUCAUGUGUUCCCAGAAACGGCUUUCAUUGCAGUCACAUCUUACCAAAACCAUAAGAUCACCCAGCUGAAGAUCGAGAACAAUCCCUUUGCAAAGGGCUUUCGUGGAAGUGACGAUAUGGAGCUGCAUCGCAUGUCAAGAAUGCAGAGCACCAAGGAGUAUCCGGUGGUCCCUCGCAGUACUGUACGUCAGCGGGUUGGCACCAGCCAGAGUCCGUUCGGCAGUGAUGUCCAAGGUCUUUCUACUCCUAGCGGCAUGAGCUCUCAGUACUCCUGUGAGAACGGGGUCACGAGCACAUCCCAGGAUUUGGUUCCUCAGUCGAGCUCUUACCCUCUUCCCCAUGAACACAGCCAAGACUAUCACUGCAUUAAGAGGAAAGUUGAGGACGACUGUCACACAGGAGAGCACUCGUACAAGAAGACCUACGUGGAAAGCUCAUCCAGUGAGGACGAUCACUACUAUCGACCUGUAAGCUACACUCAGUCUCUGGGUCUUAACGGCGCUCCCUACAGGGCCGAGUCUGGCCAGCGGCAAGCAUGCAUGUAUGCCAGCUCAUCGCAAUCCACUGAGCCCAUGCCCAGCCUGGAAGACAUCAGCUGCAACACCUGGGCGGGCGUCUCACCUUACGGCGGCUGCUCAGUGACGACCAUGCAGCAGAUGGAGCGACUGCCCUACCAGCACUUCUCAGCUCACUUCACCUCAGGAACCCUCGUGUCCAGAUUGAGCGGCGUCGCAGGCCAUGCCUCACCACAGCUGGGAGACACCCAUGCAAUGUACCAGGGCUCCAUGUCCCAUCAGUCGCUGGGCCGCCAAUGCAGUCCGAGUGCAGGAAUUCAGUCGCCAACUGGCAGCCUGCAGGGCAACGAGUACUUGUACACUCAUAGUAUACCCCGCACCCUGUCCCCGCACCAGUACCACACGGUGCACAGCGUAAGCAUUAUGCCUGACUGGAAUGAGAGCAGCUAACUGGAUCCUCUCAAGCAGCAUAAGAGGAGGAGAGGCGCUUUUCUGCAUAUUUAUAUUUUUUUAUAUCUAUGCUGCCUUUGAGAGCUUGCGGCAUAGACAACUUCUGUCAUAAACAGUUUGAGGCUAGUUCAACUGGCUGAGGCAGCAAUCAAUGUCUCAGUGUUUGAGAAGGACAGUAAAAUGAGACAUGGAUUUCCAUGAUACAGACUGUAUAUCAGGGACAAAGAACUAUUCCCUUUCAAUGCAAAGACAAAUGCACAAGGAUUGCAACAGAUUUAUUGACAAACCUUUUAUUAAAAAAAGAAAAGGAUGACAAAGUAAUUGAAGAACCCAGUCCAGUUUUAUAGUACUUUUUCUUUUCAUUAUUUGAGUUGUUUUUAACUUUGUACUUUGAAAGUAUGAGGCAAUAUAUUAUAGAACAAAUGUUUGGGAUCUUAGGCUUGAUGGUUUCUUUAAACCUAUAUGGGAAUCUGGUCAGUGAGCACCAUUUGUCUCUCAAAUCACAGCAGAUCGGUUUAAGUGCUGAUUUUUAGCUAGUCAAGACUAACACAUUUUGGUGGUGCAGACUUUGUUCAGGGAUGCAUUACAAGUUUUUCCCACUUAAAUCAGUUUUCACUAAUUAUUUAUGCAUCUUUAUGUCUCUGAACUACCAGUAGGUCUAUGAUACAUUUGAUACAAAAUACAAAUAAUUGGAUAAAUGAGCACUUUUUACAAAAAUGUUAGCUGGAAAUUGUGUGGCACAGCACACAAUACAAAUUAACAGUACAACAGACUGAUAGUUUAAUAGUACUUAUAAGCUAGUUAUCAUCAGGGCCAUACUGGCCCCAGUGUCUCUUUUAGUACACAGAUGAGUAACAUCUUUCUCAGAGCACCAAUCACAGAGUGAAUAACUCAAAAAUGCUUUAGAGUUAUUCUAGAACAUCUAAGAUACAAUAUCGCAUCAAACUUUGGUUGGAUCUUUAUUUUUGGACACUUGUAGUAAGCAGAUUUUUCCUGUUAAUAAUAUUUAUUUUUCUUGUAUUUUAAAACUUUGUUACUUUACCUUAAAGGCCAUUUGCUAGGUUGACUAUUUUCAUUACUUUGAGUUUGUUAGUCAGACUUUCUUUUUAGAUAAAAAAGAGAGGGAGGGAAAUGCUGAAUUUUUUUUUGAAUGCCUACAAAUAACUGUCAAAAACAUACAAACAUGAAUUAUGUGUACAUACAACAAAAUGUACAUAGAAAACAGAAUAAAUGUAAAAUAUUCUUCCUUGAAUUCUGAGUUUAUUUAAUGCAAAUCUACUGACUGACGGGGGAAGUCGUGGCCUAGUGGUUAGAGAGUUUGACUCCUAACCCUAAGGUUGUUGGUUCGAGUCUCGGGCCGGCAAAACAACUACGGAGGUGCCCUUGAGCAAG